AUGGACGGCCGUGGUGCUGAUGGAGUCGAGACCGGGGAAGCCGGGGGGAAUAAGGGCGUCCAUCUCAACAAAACCCCGACCGCCACCUCUCCUCUGUCCGGGAAUCCCGCGACACCGAAGGCGGUCAAACUCGCAACUGCAGCCCGCCAGUGGUGCCGUCGAAUCUUCGUCGACUUUAUCCUCCACCACGAGUCUCUUCCGCCAUCCAAGGACGGGCGAUGCAUACCCCUGCGGCCGGACCGCAGUGAGCCAUUCAUCGACGAAAGGCGGGGAUAUCCCUACAUCUCCAACUCCAUACGGACCUCACGCUACACUCUCUAUGACUUCUUUCCGAAGCAGCUCUUCUUCCAAUUCACACGCCUAGCCAACUUUUAUUUCCUCUGUGUGGGCAUCCCGCAGACCAUCCCCGGUGUUAGCACCACUGGCAACUUCACCACCAUACUACCGCUGUUGUUUUUCGUCCUCCUUACCAUUGCCAAAGAGGGCUACGAUGACUGGCGGAGGCACCGCCUUGACAAGGUCGAGAAUGCAAGGUUAACGACCGUCCUGAGAAGCAGAGAGACCGGUGGAGGGAGCAAGCGGUGGCGGUCGCUGUUGGGCGCCACAUCAACAGACGACGAGGCCAGGGCUCUGGAACGGUGUGAAACGGGGCGGACUUCUCACCUCGGGCUGCAAUGGCGAACGAUCAAGUGGCAGGAUCUUCAGGUUGGAGAUGUUGUCAAGCUGACGAGAGACGACGACGUACCGGCCGACAUUGUGCUCCUGCACGCCGAGGGCGAGGAAGGCUUGGCUUAUGUCGAGACCAUGGCCCUUGACGGCGAGACAAAUCUCAAGAGCAAGCAAGUAUCGGUAACCUUAAAGGGGUGUGAUUCUGUCGAGGGUCUCUGCAGUUGUGGGGCCGAAUUUGUCAUUGAGGACCCCAACCCGGAUCUAUAUCGUUUCGACGGCCGGGUCACGGUAGACGGGGAAACGAUGCCUCUAACGUUGAACGAAGUCGUGUACCGGGGCUGCACCAUCCGCAAUACUGCGAGCGUCAUCGGGAUGGUUAUCAACACCGGGGAGGAGACCAAAAUCCGACGGAACGCUAAUCGCCACCCGAGUGCCAAGAAGCCUGCUCUCGAGCGUAUGGCCAACAUGAUUGUCAUCGCCCUCGUCAUUUACCUCAUUGCCCUCGUGGCUGGCCUGUCAGGGGGCUACGUCCUCUGGCAGCACAGUUACGAGCGAGCUGCGUGGUACUUGCGUGAUAUCCCGGUCCCCUUGGCGCACAUCAUCGUGGGCUAUGCCAUCCAGUUCAACAAUGUCAUUCCCUUGGCUCUGUACGUGAGUCUGGAGAUUGUCAAGAUCUGCCAGAUGCUGCUGCUGAACUCGGAUAUCGAAAUGUACGACGAGGCAUCGGAUACCCCGGCACGAUGCAACACGAACACCAUCCUCGAGAACCUCGGCCAGGUUGGGUACUUGUUUUCAGACAAAACGGGGACGUUGACGGAAAAUGUGAUGAGGUUUCGCAAGAUGAGCGUGGCAGGCACUGCUUGGUUGCACGAGACCGACUUUGCUAAACGACACGACACGCCGGAUAUCAGGGAGACUCGGGACGGUGACGAACAGGGCUUGGAGACAAAACUCGAGCCCUCGGAGGCGCCAACUGCCGGCGGCAGGCUUUCAGGAUUUCUAUCUCCCCCGACACCAAAUCGCCCCCCUGCUAGCCGCCGUUCCUCCUCCCAAUGGCGGUCAACGGGCCGACCUGACCAUCUACAACCAGAUUUAACCACAUCGGAUCUCCUGGAGUACAUUUGGCUACGUCCCAAUUCUGGUUUCUCGAGGCGUGCUACCCAAUACAUUCUAGUAAUGGCACUCUGCCAUACUUGUCUUCCUGAAACAAAGGCCGGAAAGGUCGACUUCCAGGCCGCUUCACCAGAUGAGCUUGCCCUCGUAAGAGCGGCUCAGGACCUCGGCUUUCUAGUAGUUCAACGGACCGCACAAGCCGUGACUCUCCGAAUCACCGCCAGCUAUGGUAAUACAGACCAUACCUACCAGAUCCUCGAUGUGCUCGAGUUCAGCAGUAAACGUAAGCGCAUGUCGAUCAUCGUACGCUGCCCAGACGGAAGAAUCUGGCUCUUGACAAAAGGCGCUGACUCGGCCAUUCUCCCGCGCCUGAGAAUGGCAGACCUGGCAACACAAAAGGCCAAGGAACUACGCGAAAGCCUUGACUUUGAGCAUCAGAUGCGGCGCAAAAGCGAGGCUCAAGAACCACGCAACAGCUUUGGUGGGCGGCCCAGCCUCACUAUCAGGCGCAGCCUCGCCCUCACCAGACAGGGUUUCUUGGCCGUCCCUGGAAGCACGUCACUAGAUGUCAGCAGGAGCAAGUCGUUUGAGGUUGCUCAUCUUGACCCUAUUGCCCGUCUCCGCUCUCGUCCUUCACUUAACGCUCGCACAGCCUCGUUUGAUGCUCGCCGGACCCCAAGCAGGAUCUCAUCCGCGGAGCCGGAGGCAGUGCCGAGCAAGUUUGAAUUCCUCGAAGACCCAUCCCUGUCGGAUGAUGCCGCCAUCUUCACCCGCUGCUUUAGACAGAUCGACGACUUCGCUACUGAAGGACUUCGAACGCUUUUAUUCGCUCACCGGUUCCUGGGCGAGCAGGAGUACAACAACUGGAAGAAGUUGUACCGUGAAGCGGAGACCAGCUUAGUGGAUCGUCAAGACCGAAUCGAAGCCACAGGGGAGAUGAUUGAACAGUCUCUGGACCUCAUCGGCGCAUCCGGCAUCGAGGAUCAGCUGCAGCCCGGCGUUGCCGAAACGAUAGAUCGGCUCCGGCGGGCAAACAUCAAGAUCUGGAUGCUUACUGGGGACAAGCGGGAAACAGCCAUCAACAUCGCCCACUCGGCGCGCAUCUGCCUGCCCGGGUCUGACAUCUUCGUUCUGGAUGCUGCCAAGGGCGGCCUAGAAGGUCAGAUCCUAACCAUCAUGGAAGACCUCCAGAUCCAAGCCGAAACGAACGCCUCUGGAGCCGCUGGCCACACAGUAAUCGUUAUCGAUGGGCACACCCUGGCCGCUCUCGAGGAACCGACCUCCGCCACCGCCAAAACGGCCUUCUACCGCCUCAUCCUCACCAUCGACUCCGUCAUCUGCUGCCGCGCCUCCCCCGCUCAAAAAGCCCUCCUCGUGCACGCCGUCCGCAACGCCUCCACCACCACCUCUACCAACCCCCCCCUCCUCCACCGCCUGCACCACCUCCUCCCCACCCAACGCACCCAACAACCCACCCCCCUCACCCUCGCCAUCGGCGACGGCGCCAACGACCUCGCCAUGCUCUCCGCCGCGCACGUCGGCGUCGGCAUCUCCGGCCGCGAGGGCCUGCAAGCCGCGCGGGUAGCCGACUACGCGAUCGCGCAGUUCCGCUUCCUGGCCCGCCUGCUCCUCGUGCACGGGCGCUGGAACUACGCGCGCACGGCCCGCUUCGUGCUGGCCACCUUCUGGAAGGAGAUGCUGUUCUACCUGCCGACGGCGGUUUUCCAGGGGUGGGUGGGGUAUACGGGGACGAGUCUGUAUGAGAUGUGGAGUUUGACGGCGCUGAAUACGUUGUUUACGAGUUUGUGUGUGAUCGUGCCGGCGGUGUGGGAACAGGAGUUGGCGGCGGAGACGUUGUUGGCUGUGCCGGAGUUAAUCCUGGACACGCACUACAAGAACGACAUUGUCAUCUACUCCUUCGUCAUCACGGUCGCCGGCUGGUGGGUGUGGCAGGUAUUCCUAGCCGGCGCGUACGCCCCAGGUGUGUGGCCGUACGCGGUCAAGAACGGCUUCUUCUCGUCAUUCGGCCCGGACCCGGCGUGGUGGGUGGCGCUGUUUGGCGCGCUUGGCGUGCUGGCCUGUCUGGAGCUGGCUUAUAAGGCGGUCAAGCGCAAUCUUAUCGUGGCGGGCCUGUGGAAGAGAGGCUGGAAGUGGCUGAGGUGGUCGACGUGGAAGGCGGCUUUUUGGUCGUCGCCGUCGCUUGGCGCUGGCGCCAGGUGGUCGGAGGAGGGGAUUAAUAAGGGGUGUUUGGAGGAGUGGGAUGUGGAGUUGUGGCAGGUAAUGGAGCAGGAUCCGGCUAUUAGGGAUACACUGUGUAGGAUGAGCAAGUUUGAGCUCGGAAGGGAGGGCAAAGACGAAGAAGGGGAUAGAUCUGGGGAGGGUACUAGCUAA